CGAACUCAAAUAAACACCAUUUGUUUUUUAAUAAAAAAAAAUAAUUUCAAAAAUAAAUCCUCUCACCAUGAAGUGCAUUUUAUUAUUGGCUGCCUGUUUGAGCAUUGUGGCCCUGGCCUCCGAGGCACAAGCAUAUCCUCAAAGAGUGUAUGUACAAAAGUUACCCUACUAUCCACCACCAACUAGAGCGCCACAAAUGAUACGCGUAAGACGUGGAGUCACUCUCGAAAACUCAGUUGCCACAAAUCCUAAUGGUGGUCAGGAUGUUUUACUCAAAGCCAGCACAUCUGUAGGGAAUAAAAACGGAGCGGCAUUUGGUGAGGUCUUUGCUAAAGGCAAUACUAAGGGUGGAGAACCAAUAAGAGGAGCCACUAUAGGAGCUACCAGUAAUGGUCUUACUGCCUCUGUUACCAAGGCACAAACUUCGAUAAGUGACUCGCUGAUAAAGCAAGCUCAAGCCAACUUAAGAGUAGAUAAUCUGAAUACUAUCUCAGCCCAAGUCUCACAAACGGAUACCAAAAUCAAGGGUGUCGACUUCAAACCCCAACAAACCAGUGGCAGUGUGGUUUGGAAAAACGACUAUGGCCUGGCAGCGGGUGUAAGUCGUGACAUUAAUAAGGGUGUCAGUGAUACUUUAACUAAGAGCGUUUCGGCCAAUCUCUUUCAAAACGACAAACACCAAGUGGGUGGUACUUUCUUUAAAUCGAAUGUUGUGCAGGACAAUGGUUUCAAGUUUGACAAAACCGGUGGUCUGCUGAACUAUAAUCAUGUUAAUGGUCAUGGUUUGAAUGCUGGUCUAACACGUUUUUCCGGCAUUGGCAAACAGGCUUCGGUGGGUGGUUACUCUAACAUAUGGUCCUCAAAUGAUGGUCUUACAACAUUGAAUGCCAAUGCCGGUGCUUCCAAGUGGCUGAAUGGCCCAUUCGGUGGCCAAAGAGAUUUUAAUUUCGGUUUGGGUUUAAGUCACAAUGGCUGGAGAGGUUAAGAAUAAGUAUUUGUGUGUUACUAUUUAUAUAUAAUAGUUUUGGUAAAUGUAUUAGCUAUUUAUUUGAUUAAUUGUUAAAUAAAUGAAAAGUUUAUUUAAGAAAUAAAUGUAUUAAAACAA